GGAAGAGGCCAGUGUGCAGUGGGGCAGAUCCGGGCCCCGGGCUCUUCCUGGCACCCGGGACCCAACAGAACACCUGCGCUCGUUGCUUGCUUGCUUUUUUUCUUCUUCUUCUUAAUUUUUAGAAACUGCCAGAGUAACGCAACUUGGAAAGAUGUCAAACCGUGAAACAUCGUGUAAAGUGAAAAUCUAAGCUUCCCGCUCUUGAAGGUGUCCUGCGUGCAUGUGUCCCUCCAGGGCUCCAGCCGUGGGGCGCGGUGGCCCCCCGCGACGUGUCCCCACUGCCCUCCUCAGGUAGACAUCCCUGAGGCCCCGAGAGCAGAGAGCCGGGAGCCCCUGACAGCUGGCCUCCUCCUGGGAUGCUCCUCUGCGGUGUCUGGCCGGAGCACAGGGCAAAGUUGUCGCCGGCUGGGAAAACUCUGGGCCACACCGGACAGAGGCCCUGGGGGCUCAAGCCGAGCUCCCCACCCCCCGGGUGUUCCUCCUGUCUCCGCCUGCCUCACCCCUUUCCUGGGCUCUGGGGCAUCCCAUCUCGGCGUCUGGGUGGGAAGCGCUUGACCCUCAGGCUCAGGGGGUCCCAGCUGUGGCUGGGCCCUGCCUGUGGGAGCUUGACCCGCUGAGCAGGGUCUCCCUGGGAGCAGAGUGGGGGUCAGAGAUGCAGCCAGGACGAGGGUGCGACUCGGGGGUUUCAACAGGUGUCUGGUGAGGAGGGCUGAGCGUGGGUGAGCGGGAUCCUGGGAGAAAGGCCCAGAGCAGAGAGGGCCCAGGGGGGGCCCGGGGCCCUCCUCCCUGCACCGAAGUGGGCCCUGAGCUGACGUGGUAGCCUGAGGCCACACCCAGGAGGUGGCAGAACGGGCUCUACCACCUGGGUCCCCCAUGUCCCGCACGGGCACCCUGCCAGGCAGAGACGACAGCCCACAUCUGUGGCCACCCCCGCCGGAUGCCACCUCUCCCUAAUGUCCCACAGCAACAGCCCGACAGCUGACAUGGGCCCUGGCAUCCCUGAGUACAAAGGGGAGCACAGUGGCAUUUGCAUGUGCGCUGGGUGAGGGCCCUAGGAAAAUAGGCUGCCUCUGUUUGCAGACUCAGAGCCCCACACCCCCUCUUCAAACAAAGGCAGAUCCCAUUCCAGGAGCUGGGGGGUUGGGGGGGGGGACUUGCCCCAGCCACUCUGCUUCCGGGCCCAUUUGCCAGGCGAGGGGAGGACAUGUGAGUGGCCAUCGCCCACCCCCACGCCGGGCAGGGUCCCUCCCAGUUCUCUGCCUACGGGACUGGCCCGGACUCAGCUGCCCAGACCAGGCUUGUGCUGAAAAGCUGGCCAUGACCUCGGAGGCCUCUUCUGGAAGCCGCCGUCCCAGGAGUGGGAUGCUGCGGAGACAGUCCCCGGAGGAGGACAGUACCGUCCUGAUCGACGUGGCCCCCGAGGCCGAGAAGGGCCACACUUACGGGAGCACAGCCCCCACCUCAGAGCCGAGUGGACACCGGGAGGCCGCCGGCAGGGUGGGGAGCCCCUCCAAGCCCCGAGUAGACUUCGUCCUCGUUUGGGAGGAAGACCUGAGGCUGGGUCGGCAGCAGGGUGGCGCCAGCCGGGACGAGACAGACACGCGCGGUGCCUGGAGGGAGACCUUUCUGGAUAACCUCCGCGCCGCUGGGCUACACGUGGACCAGCGUGCUGUCCAGGGUGAGAACGGAGCAGUGCACUACGUCCUCCUCAGGGCCCCCUGGGCCGUGCUCUGCUACUACGCCGAGGACCUGCGUCUGAAGCUGCCCCUGCAGGAGCUGCCCAACCAGGCCUCCAACUGGUCGGCGGGCCUGCUGGCGUGGCUGGGGCUCCCCAACAUCCUGCUGGAGGACGUGCCCGACGUGCCCCCCGAGUAUUACUCCUGCCCGUUCAAAGUGAGCAAGCUGUCAAGGUUCCUCGGGAGUGACAACCAAGAAAACUUCUUUACCAGCACCGAGCGGCACCAGAUUCUGUUUGCGAUCCUGGCCAAGACCCCAUAUGGCCACGAGAAGAAAGGCCUGUGCGGGAUCGACCAGCUGCUGGCGGAGGGUGUCUUUAGCGCGGCCUUCCCCCUGCAUGAUGGCCCGUUCAGGACACCCCCAGAGGGCCCUCAGGCCCCGGGCCUCACCCAAAGGCAGGUUCUGUUCCGGUACUGGGCUCGCUGGAGCCAGUGGAACAAGUACCAGCCUCUGGACCACGUGCGCAGAUACUUCGGGGAGAAGGUGGCCUUCUACUUCGCCUGGCUUGGGUUCUACACAGGCUGGCUCCUGCCGGCAGCGGCAGUGGGCACUCUGGUGUUCCUGGCGGGCUGUUUCCUGGUGUUCUCAGACAUACCCACGCAGGAGUUGUGUAGCGGCGCCGAUCACUUUGAGAUGUGCCCGCUCUGCCUGGACUGCCCCUUCUGGCUGCUCUCCAGUGCCUGCACCCUGGUCCAGGCCGGCCGGCUCUUCGACCACGGCGGCACCGUGUUCUUCAGCGUGUUCAUGGCGCUGUGGGCCGUGCUGCUGCUGGAGUACUGGAAGCGCCAGAGCGCCACGCUGGCCUACCGCUGGGGCUGCUCGGACUACGAGGACAUCGAGGAGAGGCCACGGCCCCAGUUCGCCGCCUCGGCCCCCACGACGGCCCCGAACCCCGUCACCGGGGAGGACGAGCCCUACUUCCCGGAGAGGAGCCGCGUACGCCGCGUGCUGGCCGGCUCCACAGUGGUCGUGAUGAUGGUGGCCGUGGUGGUCAUGUGCCUUGUGUCCAUCAUCCUGUACCGGGCCAUCAUGGCCAUCCUCGUAUCCAGGUCCAACAACACCCUCCUCGCAGCCUGGGCCUCGCGCGUCGCCAGCUUCACGGGGUCGGUGGUGAACCUGGUCUUCAUCCUCGUCCUCUCCAAGAUCUACGUGGCCCUGGCCCACAUCCUGACGAGAUGGGAAAUGCACCGCACGCAGACCAAGUUCGAGGACGCCUUCACCCUCAAGGUGUUCAUCUUCCAGUUUGUCAACUUCUACUCCUCCCCCAUCUACAUCGCCUUCUUCAAGGGCAGGUUUGUGGGAUACCCGGGCAACUAUCACACCUUAUUUGGGGUCCGCAACGAGGAGUGUGCGGCCGGAGGCUGCCUCAUCGAGCUGGCACAGGAGCUCCUGGUCAUCAUGGUGGGCAAGCAGAUCAUCAACAACGUGCAGGAGAUUCUCGUCCCGAAGCUACAGGGCUGGUGGCAGAAGUUCCGGCUGCGCUCCAAGAAGAGGAAAGUGGGGGCUUCUGAGGCGGUUGGCCAGGCACCUUGGGAGGCCGACUACGAGCUUCUGCCCUGUGAGGGUCUGUUCGACGAGUACCUCGAAAUGGUGCUGCAGUUCGGCUUCGUCGCCAUCUUCGUGGCCGCGUGUCCGCUCGCGCCGCUCUUCGCGCUGCUCAACAACUGGGUGGAGAUCCGCCUGGACGCGCGCAAGUUCGUCUGCGAGCACCGGCGCCCGGUGGCCGAGCGCGCGCAGGACAUCGGCGUCUGGUCCCACAUCCUGGCUGGCAUCGCGCACCUGGCGGUCGUCAGCAACGCCUUCCUGCUGGCCUUCUCGUCCGACUUCCUGCCGCGCGCCUACUACCGGUGGACCCGCGCCCCCGACCUGCGCGGCUUCGUCAACUUCACGCUGGCGCGCGCGCCGCCCGCCUUCGCCUCCGCGCACAACCGCACUUGCAGGUAUCAGGCUUUCAGGGAAGAUGAUGGGCAGUAUUCUGCAACAUACUGGAAUCUUCUGGCCAUCCGCCUGGCCUUCGUCAUAGUGUUUGAGCUCAGCUCACACCUGGGGAGCAGGUGUGCACCCCUGGCCCCAUUAAGGCCACUGCAGGCGUCUGUCUUACCGAGGGGUGGGCGCCCUCCCACUGCUCGUACUGUGUCCUGCCCCCAGCAUGUGGUGUUCUCCAUCGGCCGGAUCCUCGACCUCCUGGUACCCGACAUUCCUGAGUCCGUGGAGGUCAAGGUGAAGCGAGAGUACUACCUCGCCAAGCAGGCGCUGGCUGAGAAUGAGGCUCUCUCUGGAACAAACGGAGCAAAGGACAACUACUCCCAGAGCUCAGAGAGGAGUUUGGGCCCACAGCCUACACUGCCAGGAGGUGGCCAGGCCUCACGAGUCCCUUCUCUCUGAGGUCACGGGGGUCACCCCAAGCCAGCAGUCCCACCUGGAGGUGAGGGACUCUGCUGCCCCGGAGAUGUCAAAGGCUCACUGCCCUCAGAGGCCACAGCCCACCUUCUGCCCCUUCUUGGCCCAGAGCUGUGGUGCCCUCGGUGACCCUGGGCCUCUGCUCAUGAGCCCUAGCCCCUCAGGUGCCGGCUGCCGCCCCCGCAACCCCCUGCCCGCAGCAGCACCUGGAGCUUCCCUGCCACCUCCCUCCCAGCCCCCAGGGCAGGUGGCCCCGCACCAGAGAUGCUGGCCCCGACACUGUGGCUCAGGGCCCUCCCCGCCCCCAGCUCUCUGCACGCGGGGCACAGCUCUAUCUCCCACGUGCCACCGGGAGAAUCGCACUGGAGACUAGAACUAUCUAUGGGUCUCUAGUUACCACUCAAAAGCAUGUUGAAGACACCCCUGGUUCCACAGGACCGAGAACCGACAUGCCGCGUGAUAAAACGAGUUCUAGCACACUA